AUGGUUUCAACCAACUACGCAAAGGACGAGAAGGUCUUGUGCUUCCACCACGAUAUCCUGUACGAGGCCAAAAUCCUUGAUCUCCGACACAAAGAUUCGACCGACAAGAAAAGCCCCUUUGAGUAUUUGGUGCACUACAAGGGUUGGAAGAACACCUGGGACGAUUGGGUUCUUGAAGAUCGGCUGCGCAAGUGGUCUGACGAGAAUCGCGAACUCGCAGCCAACAUACGCCGUGAAGCCGAGGCCUCCCUUCGAGCUAAAAACAUGAAGCCUGGCACGAAGAAGCGAGCUAUGUCGGAGCACAGCUCUGUGCGCGACAGCGAGGAACGUGGUAACUCUGUUUCUGGUCGGGGUAACAAGCGUGCUCGAGAAAAUGAUAUCGAAAGAACCCUGGGCGAAGAAGAAGAAGAAGAAGAAGAAGAAGAAGAAGAAGAGGACAGCGUGGCAGGCGUGCCAAAUGACCUAAGGGAUGUAGAGGAUGUCCUUCAAGAAAUCCAAGGGCUAUCCCUUGAGGACAUCCCCGAACAGACCCACCAAGAGAUCGUGGACGAAACCAUCCAGCUCAUCUUCCAAGACAUCUGGCGGCUAUUCUGGCACAACAUGAAACCCCUGGCACUACCGUACUUCCAUCUGACAUUGCACCAGGAAGAAACAUUUCACGCCCGCCCCUCCAUCCGGAUUGUGAUGCCCGACAACAUCAAGUCACUGAUUGUCGAUGACUGGGAGCGUGUCACCAAGAACGGCUCUGUUGUCCAACUGCCCGCUGCCAAGUCUGUUUACGACGUCCUUCAGGAUUGGCGCACCGAGGAGCUACCCAAGCGCCACCAGGUUGACAUCAAUGUCAUGGAUGAAGUGAUUGCUGGCCUUUCCGAAUACUUCGAGGUCGUCCUCGAUAAGCUCCUCCUCUACCGUUACGAGCGCCAGCAGUUUCGCGCCCUGAAGAAGACCUACCAGGGACAAAAGGACAAGAGCGCCAUCCACAUAUAUGGUGCCGAGCACCUGAUCCGACUUUUGAGCCUUCUCCCGGAGCUGCUCGCUCAAACAAACAUGGAGUACAAGAGUACCGGCCGCUCUCACGAAGAGCUUUCCAAAUUUUCAAUCUGGCUCAGCCGCAAUUCUGAGAAGUACUUCCCGACUCAAUACAUACCUGCCACUGAUAUCGAGGAGGACGAAGAGUAA